CGAUCGACAUCAAAAUCAAAGUGAUUUGAUAAGAUUUAAUUAGAGGAAAACGAUAUUUCCCGAAAUGGGAUUUCAUAGAAAAAUACCGUUAUUUCGUUAUAUUUGAAAAGCUAUUCUUCCCACUUAAUUAUGCGAGGGUAUUUAUAUGACCAGCGACAGCAUCGCUACUGUACCGAUACUGUAUCACGGUUGUAUCGCUACUGAAUGAUACAUUAAAAAUAAUGUUAAUUAUUAAAAAUAGGAGUUUUAGUAAAAAUACUGAAGGGUCUGAUAGGAGCCGCGCCCGCCGUCCGCGGCCUUGCCGCUCCGGGCGGAAGCUGGGCGAUAGCGCCCACGCGACUGUGCGGGCGCACGUCGACAACAUUUUAUAAAAUAAUGUGCCUUCUUUGCUCCUAAAUUCGAACAUUAAUUAAAGAUUCAAAAUUCAUUAUAAGUAUUGUGGUAGCUAUGUUAUUGAUAUAUAUAUAUAUAUAAGUAUGUCAAUUUAAAGUAGACCAUGUCAUCACUAAUAUGAUGUUGUAAAACUUAAAUGAGGUGUUAUAGUUUUCGCUAGCAAACCGCCCCGGUUUCGCACGCCAUAAUCACUUUAUUGAUAGGUGAAAAACGCAUGAAAAUCCGUUCAGUAGUUUUUGAUUUUAUGGCAAAUAUACAUACAUACAGACAGCCAAACAGACGCGGCGGGGAACGUUGUUUUAUAAGCCUAUAAGGUAUAGUGAUAGUGAUAAUUAUAUGAAAACUGAGGGAGCACAAUUACCCAGUGGGGAGCAAAGUAGGCACAUUCUACGGUACUAUACAUAACAGCUAAAUGAAGGAAAAUAAAGGAAUGAAGGCAACCGAGUUCAACUUCCGACCCUGGUUCAGCUUACAAAAGAAAUCAUAAAUCACCAAGUGAAUACUUAGAAAAUGUCAUCAGAUAAACAAAAGUAAAUAGUAUAGUAUAGUAACUCGGUGUUGUUGCGGUUUGUCGCUGCAGACUAUCCCGUUUUUGGAGUCAGUUGAAAGACAAAUAACUUUAACGAGAAGAAAUUUAAAAAAUAGCUAACUAAUCACAGAAUAAAGUAUUUAAAGUAAUUAACUUCUGUAAUAUGAAUCCUGACUAAACAGCGAUUGUUGCAGUCAUGUCACAGAAGGAGUCAAGGAACUGGAUAGGAUCAAAUCAAAACAUGUACCUGCAUUCUUCAUCCGCUACGCCACAUUAGCAAUAAAUACGUGAUGACUUGAUGAAGGUUUUAAUUUUAAACAAAUUGCAAAAGGUUGUCGACGCCUGCGUGCGGUCGCAAGCUGGCACGGCCCGCAGUGCACAGUGCGGCUGGUUACAAGAUGGUGUCGCGGCUCCUAGUGCUGCUGGCUACCGUGCACGUGAGCAGAGCGGCUGCAGCGUGCAACAAUGUGUCGGCUGUGAGCGCCGCCUUAGACACACUGUUUGCCGAAUAUGCGCAGUACAUGGCGCCUGUGACGCCUGUAGUCGUUCGGGCGGCGUUGGACGUCCGCCACGCCUCCGUGGACGAAGGGGCGGCUGUAGUGCGCCUGCUGGCAGACCUACGACUAGUAAGUACAACGUGUGUUACUGGACAAGCUGCUAGCAUGCGCGGCAUAUUGAGCCUGCGAAGUCUGUGGCCGUCCGGGCGGCGUUGGACGUCCACCACGCCUCCGUGGACGAAGGGGCGGCUGUAGUGCGCCUGCUGGCAGACCUACGACUAGUAAGUACAACGUGUGUUACUGGACAAGGUGCUAGCAUGCGCAGCAUAUUGAGCCUGCGAAGUCUGUGGCUGCUCGGGCGGUGCUGGACGUCCACCACGCCUCCGUGGACGAAGGGGCGGCUGUAGUGCGCCUGCUGGCAGACCUACGACUAGUAAGUACAACGUGUGUUACUGGACAAGCUGCUAGCAUGCGCAGCAUAUUGAGCCUGCGAAGUCUGUGGCCGCCCGGGCGGCGUUGGACGUCCACCACGCCUCCGUGGACGAAGGGGCGGCUGUAGUGCGCCUGCUGGCAGACUUACGACUGGUUAAAACAAAGAGUCUAACUGGACAAGCUGUUAGUAAUGCGCAGUAGAUGGGACUUGCUGAGCCUGCGACACCUGUGGCCGUCCAAGCAGAGCUGGGCGUCCAACAUAACUUCGCAGAUGCAGAGAAAUUGUACCCUUAGGUAUGUUGAUUGAAAACUAAGCCAUUUGUACGAAAUACUACACAUCAAAUUAAGCUUAGCUGAGUCGACUCAUUCAGAGCAGACCCUUAGCAGAUCCAUUAACAACAGAAUAAUAUUAUAUUGACUAUCUGCUGAAAUUGAGUCCAUCGAAGAACACGACGUAUUUAGUAUUUAUUUAUUUAUUGAGGAGAUAACACAGAAAACAUACAUGGCAUGAACAAACACUUAUAUAGCAUAAAUGUCCUUAAAUACAGAUGCUUCCAUAUAUGUAUCUCACGAAGAACAUAUACCUAAUACCACUUAAUACUUAACACUAACAUGCGGUUUACAACAUUAUAAGUGUUUAGAGAGACUUAGUGUAUAUACGUAUGUACUUAAACUUAGUAUAUAUGUAACUAAAUAGAAAGGAAAAAGUUACCUAUGUAUUUAUAAUUUUAUUUCUAUAUAAAUUUGUGACUGCUGUCUUGAACUGGGCGCGGGAUUGUGAGAAAAUAUCGAUCUCGAGAAGAGACUUAUUGUAGUGGUCGCACAUUCUGUAUACAGGUGCACGUUAUCCGGCGUUAGUCUUUGUUUUCGGUAGACUGACGAGGUGUGUAGACCGCGUUAGUUUGAGAGGAGCUCGAAAGUAUAUUUUGGAUAGGAGACUUGGACAGUCUAAGUCGCCUGCACAUACGUCACGUAGCAUGACUGCGUGGGCGACGCAACGGCGGUCCCGCAAUCUUAGUAUAAGAAUUAAAGCGUAGUUAGGUUACCUACAAAUGUGUAUGUUACGUAGCAUAAUUAUUCAACAUUCCAGAGAUUUCAGAUAUAAAUAUAAAAAGCACACUUUAUCAAAUUUUAUUACAGAGCUGGCAAGAUCCGCGCCUAGCAUGGAGCGAUACCGAGAUGGAGUGCAAGUCCGUCUUGGUGCCGGCCGAGCGUCUAUGGCGUCCAGACGUGGAACUGCUUAAUGGAGCGGCGGGCGGAGGCGCUGACGGCUCGGUGCGCGCACGGCUGACUUCAGACUCUAAGGUGCUAUGGAUUCAGCGUCUCAAUGUGGCUGUGCCACUAGCAAUUGAUUUGUCAGAUUGGCCGAGCGAUCAACAAUCCGCUGUCUUCACUUUCGGCUCAAGGGAACAUACGGCGGAAGAAAUUGCUUUAGGCAUCGAUGAUUUUAAGUACGCAACAGUAUGGGAGUCUGGUACCUGGAUGAUCGAAUCCGUGGUCGGCGAAAAGGGCACCCUGGGCUCGAAGCCCGUAACCUCCUGGAGCGUCAUUCUACGGAGGCGCGCGGCAGCCCACAUACUGGCCAGUGGCGCCGUGCUGAUGGCGGCUGCUCUGGUGCUGCUUACGGCCGUGGUUCUGCCGCCGCAGCAGAGACAUUCGCUGUGUGCCUGCGCUGCUUUUACUGCUGCGCUUUGGUUGACCUCAGCGUUGCUACGACUUCCAGGCUCGGCCACAUGUCCGCGCACACUGUCGUGCAUGGCGGGCGUGCUGGGCGCAGCUGGUGCGUGCUGUGCUGUCGCCGCAAUGCUGGCGCGCCUGGCGCGGGUGCAGCGCCCGCCGCCACCGCAGCUGCGCGCGCUGCUCAGCAAAGCGCCCGCGUGGGCCGUCGCCACUUCACCGCAAGACGGCGACAGCUCUUCCGCGUCCUGGGCGGCAGCAGCGCAGCUCCUGGACAACGUGCUGCGUGCAGCGCUCGCGCUGACGUUACUCGUUCUUGUUUGCGUUGCGCUAUAGCAGAACCACCACUACACUCCUCGUGUCUAUAGCACCACUAGACUCUCCUAUCUUCCGCGUCCUGGACGGCAGCAGCGCAGCUCCUGAACAACGUGCUGCGCGCAGCGCUCGCGCUAACGUUACUCGUUCUUGUUUGCAUUUCUCUAUACCAGAAUCACCACUACACCCCUCGUAUCUAUAGCACCACUAGACUCUCCUAUCUUCCGCGUCCUGGGCGGCAGCAGCGCAGCUCCUGGUCAACGUGCUGCGCGCAGCGCUCGCGGACGUUACUCGUUCUUGUUUACAUUGCGUUAUACCACAACGACCAUGUCAAUUGACGACGCGGUGUCGUCGACACCCCUCCUAUUUUGUAAAGCCGUCUCCACACGUCACCGAUAAUCGCAUGCGAUUUGCGAUACAUUCGGUCAUAAUCGCAUGUCAUUUGUUGCAAGGUGUGUAGACUAGGGCUUGCAAACCGAGAUUCCGGAAUUUCGAAAUUCCGGAAUCUCCGUCAAUUUUCCGAUAUUACAAUUCCGGAAUUGAGACCACUGAAUAUCGAAAAUUCCGGAAUUUGAUUUAUGUACUUUAAUUAGAUUUGAUUACGUUUAAUACUGAAAAUCGUUAAGAAACUACA